GGAAGCAACCUGCAUCCGAGUUUACCGCUGUGAACCGUUCAAAGAAGAUUAGAGUAUUUGCUUAAAAAUAAAAGUAAAAUAACUUUGAUGUUUUCGUUUCGGAGGGACUGUUGGGAACUAUUAGGGCGAUGAAAGGCACACGAGCUUUAGAGAAGGGGGUGGCAGUCUGAUGGAUGAGAUAUAAAUCUGAUACUUCAAGUUCAACUGGAUACACACCUGACCCGUGGGCGCUGGACAUUGCAGAUCGGAACAAGGAUAAAAGCUCGUAUUCCUGUCGAAGCGUUCGUCUAGGACAUAGCGCCUUCUCAAAAUACAAGGAAGCUGCACCGUAAAAUAUAACAUAAGUGCGUUUAAAUUUUGUCCAGGCACUGUGCUGAAAACUUUAAAUAUUCUGAUUUGACGUAUCGUGUCAUUUUUACUGGCGAGUAAGCAGCCUUGUGCACAACGGUUUUGUCUUAAGUCAUGCGCGCGUGUACGGCCGUGUUCGUGUGUCUACUCUCCUUCUGCGGCGCGCAGAGCUCUCUCAGUGUCGACUCAAACCCCAACAUCAUACGAUCGUCGGCAGAGAUUGAGGGCCGAGUAACAAAGACUCAGGUGCGCUGCGAGAAGGACGGUGACUGCGACACCAGACAGUACUGCGAUCACAGAGCUGCGCAGCACUCCGCAUGCGCCAGCUGUCAGCAGAAACGACGCAGAUGUCACAACGACAACAUGUGCUGUCCAGGAAUGCGGUGUGUCAACGAUUUAUGUACACGGCCAAAGAAGACGGUCCCCGAGAACAACAAGAACAGACAGCCACCAUUAGAUAACCGAAGAAAACAGAAAGGCCAGGAGAGGGACAAGUGCGUGCGCUCUCGAGACUGCGGAGCGGGCCUGUGCUGCACGCGCUACCUGGAGGAGAAGAGGUGCCAGCGCAUCCCCGCGGCGGGAGAGGGCUGCCUGCUCCCGGGCCGCUCCAAGGGCCCGAGGGCCGUGGGCCGCUGCGACUGUGGCCCCGGCCUGUCCUGCCGGCCGCUGUCCGACAGCUACAACACGCACGGGGUGUGUCAGCCCAGCUCCACGUAGGCGCAGACGUCACGCGGCCUCCCCGGGCCCCGGGGCCUGGUAACCGCCGGCGAUCGAUAGACUGGGGGGCGAUUUUAAGACCUUUUUUUUUUGUUUGUUUUCAUUGGCAUUGCUGAGUCUGAGAAAAAAAAAGAUAUUUGUCAGUAUCUACUGUAGGGUGGGACUGGGUGCUUUGCUGAACUGCACUUCCAAUGUUGUCCUCUGUAUCUGUAUUUUUUUUUUUUUUUCUAUCAAGUUUUUGUUUACUAAACAAGCUGUAGUUUUGCACAAAAGAUGGUGGCCAUUAAAUGGACGGGAUUUCAAAUAAAAAUGUAUAAUUACAUAA